CGCAUGCGCAUCUUGUUAUAUGACCACUCAAACGUCAAAAUUAAAAGAAAAUGGAAAAUUAUGUCCAAAACAUCCUAAAACAUUCAGAUUUAAGUGUUGUCACAAAGAAGCAUGUACGACAGAAAUAUAAGCAGCAUGUUGGUCGAGAACUUUCCAGUGAAGAAAAAGAGAAAAUUAAUUGUCUUGUAUUAGACUUUGUCAAGAACUUGGCUGUUGAGCAAAAGAAAUCUAUUGAAGAAAAAACACAGGAAAUUCCAAAACCAAAUACAGAAGAGGUUUCUCCUGGAAAUAAGGAGAAUGUUGACAAUAAACCAAGGCGUGUUAUCCUUAAAGGACAGGUUGUUGAUCCAUCAUCACUGUACACUGUUAAAGGUAAAAAGGCUGCUGAAGGAAAUAUGGGGCAAUCUUCAACAAAUGAAGACAAAACUGCAGUAAAGAACUCCAACAAAACGACUCCCCGGGUCAAUAGGGUGCACACUACUAACUCAAUGAAAAUGUCAGACGUGGUGAAAUCUGUUCUUGAUUCCGGUGACGAUUCAUCAUCCAGCGUGUCAAGCCUGACAGGAAGUGACCUUGAGGUGGAUGAGGAUCUCGACAGGAAAAUUGCUCUAGACAAACUCCGGGAAGCCAGAGACAAAAAGAUCAGCAUGUCAGCAGAGAAGAAGAAAAGCAGGAAACUGGUGAAAGGUGAGAAAGCUAAGAGAAAUCUGUGGAAUUGCGAAGAAAAGAGUUCCGGUAAUGAGGACUCACCUGAGAGAAUCAGUGAGCAGGAUUUGCCAGCUCGAGACAGCCUUCAGGAGCGCCUUAACAAGGAGGGAGGCAGUAAGAAAGUUGGAAAGAAGUUAAGAAAAAUCAAAGAUAUCGAGGAGUCGGAUUCAGAUUCUGGGCCUAUGGUUGUAAAGAAAACAUCCACAAAAUAUAAAAGAAAAGUCACAAAUUUAAUGAAAAAGAAAACUGAUAGAAACUUGAGUAAGACGAAGGAGAAAGAAUUAAUGGUUUCUUCUGGUGACAGUGAACCAGAGUCAGAUACAAAAAGAAAGGAUGUUUCAGAUAAAAAACUUAAUAAACUGAAAAAAAAAAGAAAAUCUGAAAUCAGUUUAAAUCAGAAGACUAAAGCCAUAUCUGAAACAGACUCUGAGGAUGAAACAUUGUCAACAAUUGCUGCAAGAGGCAAGAGACAGAAAGAUGAAAGCCAAUGUGUUGUGAAAAAGACUGAAGAAAUUCAUUCAGAUACUGGGAAUACUCCAUUAGGAAAUAAGAAAUCUAUGAUCUCUAAAAAUGCAGGGAAGCACAGCGAUUCUGAAUUAAAUAUGGGGAACAAACCUCAUACAAAAAAGAUUACAAAAAGUAAGAACAAAACUGAAGAAGUAAUAUCAAUUACAGAUAGUAGUGGUAUUGAAGGUGAGAACAACAGAGAAAAAGUCAAAUCCAGCUAUAAGUCAGAUAUAGAAAAGGCUGACUUAAACAGCUCUGGAACACUUCCUUCUUUAGAUGAUUCAUAUUCCAUCUCUGGUUGUUCUCCUAUUGCUCAAAUGAAGAAGAAAGGUCUAUGUUUGGAUGAACAUGAUUUUGGUGGUUCAAGUUCUUGUAGCACUCCAAUCACUAAUAAGAGAACUGACAGUGUUUAUGAUGAUGAUAAAACUCUAGUCUCAGAAACAGAUUCCCCUAUUAUCCAUGUUAAACCUACAUCAAAGAAAUCCUUUGGCUUUGAAUCUGAUUCAAGCUUAGAAGAUACACCAGGGAAAAACAGAUCUGGACUCAAAGAGGAUAAAGAUGUUAAAGGUUCUAGCAAAAAGGCCAAUACAAUUGGUUCAAGGGGAAAUAAAAUGUCAAACAAAAGGAAAAGAUUAAGUUCAGGAAAAUUAAAUCAGAACGAACCUAAAAGAAGAAAAAUAUCUAACACAAGCAAAAGAAAAGUUGAAAUAGAGAGUGAAUCGUCCACAGAUGAUGAAAUCCCUUUGUCUAGGACUAAAGUUAAGCAAAAGAACAAAGUUGUCAAAAGCGAUGAAGAUGAAAUAGUUAGGACUGGGAACAACUCUUCAUUGGUUAAGAAAUCAAAAUUGUCUGCUAAGACAAUACAAGGUAGAAAGCCCUCAUUGGAACAGGACAGUGAUAGUAACACAAGCCCUAAAGAUUCUCCUGUUGUGAAGGAGACAGUUAAAGGCAGAGUGUCAAAUGAUAUUAAAUCUAAUGAAAGUAUUUUCAGGAAGGGAAAAGUAAAAUCAGACCAAAUGAAUAAAUCUAUUUCCAAAUUAGAGGAAGAUUCCAAGAAUGAUGAGCUUAUUAUAAUCAGUGAAGAUACAUGUGAAGAAGAAAAAGUAGUCUCAAAUGGUAACUCAAAACCUGAUAGUAAUGAUGAGUCUCCUGUUAAGAAAGUUCACAAACCAAAAGGCAAAGGCGCAUCUGCUAUUGUGUCAUCAGAUUCUUCUGGCACGGAAGAAGAACCUUUUGCAAAUGACAACAAGGAUGUAGAUCCAGACCUGGAUUGUGACUCGGAGCUUGACGUUCCCCUCGCCAGUCUCAAACCAGAGGAAGAUGACGAUUCUAAGAAAGGAAAGGCGAAAAAGAAGGUGGAUACAAGCCAGGAUAUUAAAAAGCUGGGUUUGUUGAAGAAGAUCUGUCGAAAAAGCCGCAUUGUUCUACACAAGGACAAGUUCAAUGGCUGUAAGACGCUGAAAGAUAAGAUUAACAAGUGUAAGACAUUGCUGACGGCUGCUGGCAUGGAAGGAAGACCAACCAUGAAGAAAGCAGAAGAGAUGCUACUUCGAAUAGAGGCUGAAGAGCUCAAUGCAGACAACAUAAUCAGUUCGGAGACAGGACGAGUAAUGAGGAAGGUGAAGAGUAUUUACGCUCGGCGACAGAUCUCCUCUGUGAAGUCCCGAACACCCAUGAAGAACCCAUUCAAGGGGCUCUCGGAUAUUGUGGACAGUGAAGUCAGUGACUAGAGUAGAGAUACUGAAGUGUUACAUGGAUAGACUACAGUGACACUAUGAUAUACAUGUGGUUCCAUGUGUAACUGUGUUGGUCGCAUUAAAUGUAAAUUUACAUGAGCAUUGUACUGUUGUUUGGAUGCCAUAUUCCCUAUAACGGAUAUCAAGUGCCUGCUGUUCAUUAUUAUUAUAAUAAUACAAUGAUCAAAAUCAGAAUUUUUAAUGAAACAAGCCUGAAUCUGUUCACUAGUGCUUUAAUAGCAUCAGUAAUAUAACAAGCCAUACUACCAUAUAUAAUAAACAGAAUUUGAGAAAGAAUUUUACCAGUGCUCAUUUUAACUACUUAAUUAUCGCAUAAUUAUCUUCAUACUUGUUAUACAUGUUCUUUUAUAACUGAAAUUCUGAAUGACCCCUUCUUUUCCAUUGGCUUGAAAGAACAUUGGUGUAAAUGUUUUCUUUUGUUGCUAAUUGAAUUCCUUAAAGUAAUAAAGUAUAUAUUUGUUUCGCUUCAUUCAUUAUUCAAUGGGAAUAAUGAAAUAUAUAUCGCAGCCUGUGACUUAAUAUAUAAGCUUGAAUUACAUUACACAACUACAUAUCCUACCUUGUAUGCACAGUGUAGAGAUAACCAAUCUCUGUUGUCUCUGUUGUUUUUUCUGCAUUUCAUUGUAGUGUAUCCGUUUUAUUUGAUUUUAGUGGUUCUGUAUAUGUGUUAUGUUUCUUUUCUCCAUUUCAUCGUUGUGUCUCCGUCUACGUUUAAAGUUUUUUUUCUCUAUUUUAAACCAGGAUUUCAAAGAAAAUCAGGUUUUUAGAAUGAAGAUGUCGUGGAGCAGGCGGGCAGCUGGCGUCAAUCAUUGGUUUCCGCCCUAUAACUAAAGCUAGCAUUGAUGUAUAGUAACGAAAGUUGUUGAGUAGGUAGCUUAUGUGAAGAGCUAGCUUGGGAUUGAUUUUAAGGGGGAUGGGGUCAUGGUCAAGGUCACUGAUUCUAAAAAUAGAAAAAUGGUUUUGCCCAAUAACUAAAGUUAGUAUUGAUGGAUAGAAAUGAAAGUUGGAUAGUAAUGGAAGUUGGUGUGUAGGUUGCUUAUGUGAUAAGCUAGCUUUGGAUUGCUUUUGAGGGGACAGGGGUCAAAUCUCUGUUACUAAAAAUUCGUCCAACUACUUCAAUUAGAAUAUAAAAUAAACACAUAAGAUACAUAACUAGAGUAAUUUUCAGUAAAAUCUCUUUUUGUUAAAAGAAAAGAUAAAGGCUUCCUUUUUUUCCUUACUCAUACAAGAAAUUAAUUGGCUAUAAUUUAUGAUUGCCAAUAUUAAAAAUGCUCCUUUGUUGUUGUCGCAUUGGGGCGCUUCUAGUUCAGUAUCAAUUCUAUGUUUCAUUUCAUUGUAGUGUUUCAGUAUUCGUUUUAUGUUCAUUUACUCGAUCCGUUUUAUGUUUCUUCAUUUCAUUAAAGUGUUGCAGUAUCCAUUUUUAUGUUUCUUUCUCUAUCCGUUUUAUGUUUUGUCAUUUUAUUGUAGUGUUCAGUAUACGUCUUAUGUGAGUUGCCAUUCUCUGACUUGUUUUGUACGUUUUUGAUGCUCUUUAUUCAUGGAACCAGUAAUUUAUUUUUGAGCUGUUGAACUAUACAUUCUGAUCAUAUGCUUUAUUUUGAUCACUAAAUUAAAUUAUGCAAAAGAGA